GGCCGUCCUUCUAUUGUCAGGAACUCUUUGUUUAUCUAGUCUACGUCUUCUGUUAAGUGUUUUUUUAAGAUAGCAUUUCUUAACACCUAAAGUCAUGUCAACAUCUGCACAGGAUCAAAUUUAUAAAGUGCCAGCGAACAAAAAACGGCCAUCUGCCAGCAGCCUGGAGUUCAUCGGUCCUCUUGUCAGCUCUGUGGAGGAGACCCCAGACCCCAUCACUACACUCAUUAAAGGUCAAAUUCCCUCCUGGAUCAACGGCAGCUUCCUCAGAAAUGGACCUGGAAAAUUUGAGUUUGGUGAAAGCAAAUUCACCCACUGGUUUGACGGUAUGGCUUUGAUGCAUCGUUUCAACAUUAAAGAUGGCCAGGUGACCUACAGCAGCCGUUUUUUGCGCAGUGAUUCCUAUGUGCAGAACUCAGAGAAAAACCGAAUUGUGGUUUCUGAAUUUGGCACCCUGGCAACACCUGACCCAUGCAAAAACAUCUUCGCCCGCUUUUUUUCACGCUUUCAGAUACCAAAAACAACUGAUAAUGCAGGAGUGAACUUUGUUAAGUACAAAGGAGAUUUCUACGUAAGCACUGAGACCAACUUCAUGCGCAAAAUUGACCCCGUGAGCCUAGAAACGAAAGAAAAGGUGGAUUGGUCCAAAUUUAUUGCAGUCAAUGCAGCCACAGCUCAUCCACAUUAUGAUCGGGAAGGAGCGACUUACAACAUGGGAAACUCAUAUGGCAGAAAAGGCUUCUUCUACCAUAUACUCAGAGUACCACCAGGUGAAGAACAGGGUGAUGAUGCUGAUCUGUCUGGCGCUGAAAUUCUUUGCUCGAUUCCUGCUUCUGACCCCAGAAAACCAUCAUACUACCACAGUUUUGUCAUGUCAGAGAAUUACAUAGUCUUCAUUGAGCAGCCGAUCAAGCUGGACCUGCUGAAGUUCAUGCUGUACAGAAUUGCUGGAAAGAGCUUUCAUAAGGUCAUGUCCUGGAACCCGGAACUAGACACCAUCUUUCAUGUGGCAGACAGACACACAGGCCAGCUCCUCAACACAAAAUACUACAGCAGUGCCAUGUUCGCCUUGCACCAGAUUAACGCAUAUGAAGAGAAUGGAUAUCUGAUUAUGGACAUGUGCUGUGGAGAUGAUGGCAAUGUGAUUGGUGAAUUCACACUGGAGAAUCUACAGGCGACAGGGGAAGAACUUGACAAGUUUUUCAAUUCACUGUGUACAAACUUACCACGGCGGUAUGUGCUGCCUCUGGACGUGAAGGAAGAUGAACCCAAUGACCAAAACCUCAUUAAUUUGCCAAACAUCACCGCUAGCGCUGUGAAAACACAAACUGGGGUGUUCCUCUGUCAUGAGGAUCUCUACAAUGAUGACCUGUUGCAGUACGGUGGUCUUGAGUUUCCACAGAUAAACUAUGCUAAUUACAAUGCUCGUCCUUAUCGAUAUUUCUACGCCUGUGGCUUUGGUCAUGUGUUUGGUGACUCUCUGCUUAAGAUGGAUCUGGAGGGAAAGAAGCUGAAGGUGUGGCGCCAUGCUGGUUUGUUCCCCUCAGAACCAGUGUUUGUUCCAGCACCUGAUGCUCAGGAUGAGGAUGAUGGUGUGGUCAUGUCUGUGAUCAUUACACCUCGAGAGAAAAAGAGCAGUUUCCUCCUUGUCCUUGAUGCAAAGACGUUCACUGAGCUUGGACGAGCAGAAAUUCCAGUGGACAUCCCAUACGGCACUCAUGGACUCUUCAAUGAGACAAGCUAAACAGAAGAUUUAACAUCAAAAUAUCUAAUCUAAUUAAUUUUACUCAUUUUGAGUUUGUCCAUCUAAACAAGGAGGAGUUUUUUGUAUUGGAGUAGUAUUUUUUUGUAUUAUGCCUGAUUUUUCUUGGCUGGUUGUGAUUUGGUAUUGGUACGGUAUAUAUUUGGGGGAGGAAUCUGAUAUAAUAAUGCUUUUUCUUAUGCUUAAGCAAGUUGAGCAAUGGUUUUAAACUAUUGUAUUUGUACUCUCUACAGCACUUGUACUCUCUACAGCAUAUUUUGUUAUUCAAUAAUGUAUUUUAUUCAUGUAUAUUUUAUACUAGUUUAUCUACUUUUUAAUACUUUUACUUUUAAAUAUUCUUUCAUUCAUUCAUUCAUUCAUUCA